CCAGCAGCAAAGUGACGGUAUUCACGCUUUUAUUUUCUUUUCUUUGUAAACGAAACGAAAUAUGACAACUAUAUUUCCACCAGAAAGCAUUUAUAACCUAAUUCCCCGGGAUGAAGUUCGAUUUGAAACACUACCGAGAUAUACAUCAAAGUUUAGAGACCAAGUAAAGCAGGAAACAAAAAGUGGCAAGGCUGCGCACAGGACCAUGGGCCCCAUGAAGGUGGAGACAGCCGCCCCGGAGAAGUUUCUUCGCAAACAUUCCAAAGAACCAAAUCUUCCUGAAAAAAAGCCGUUCAUAUAUAUAGAUCGGGAUGGAAGAAGGAAGCCACCAGUACCUGCAAGGACCGAAAUUCCAAAGAUGGGAAUUAAUUCAGCAAAGGACUUUAUAAGGGACAACACCAUCAAAAACCUCCUUACAGCACCAAUGCAACCACAGCCUAUCUAUGCUGACACAAAACAUGGAGCUAAACAGCCAUUGGAGUAUUCUGGCCUUGUCCCAAAAUAUUUAAAGAAAAAGGACUACGGGCAGAUACCUGAGUAUCUUCUGCAGCGUAAAGUGGAGGAGGGAAAAGCCCAGGAGGAGUAUGACGAAUACGUCAAAGAGCGUCUGAGACAGGGAGCCAUGAAGCAGCUCUCAGACGAUGAACGUCUGUCCACCCUUCAGGGGCUCAAGAGGAACUGGGAGGAGUUGCACCACCAAUACCAGGCUCUGUCCAUCGUCACGGAUACAGGCCCCAAGAAGUGCAUUAAGGAGAAGCUGGAGACACAGAUGAAGCAGCUGGAGAAAGACAUUGACCUCAUUGAGAGACACAAAACCAUCUACAUUGCAAACAACUGAGAAACUGUAUUAUUGAACAGUUGCUCUUCAGUUACUACGUACUACAUGCUACAUGCAGUUAUACAUACUUCCUCUGAAUUGUGAUAAAUUGUGCAGUCACUCCACUGUGAUUUUACAGUGUGGAGAAUAAAAUAUACAAGUAAAUAUAUCGCAAGUAGUCUUGCUAACCAGUAACCAGUCUUCAUUGUAUCUCAGUACUGAGACAAUUUCUCUCUCUCUCUCUCUCUUUGUCAAGAGAGGCAUAUUUUCAUGAAGCGUUUCAUCGACUAAGCGAUUAAAAUAUUUUCACCCAGUUUUCAUAGUGCAGUACAUUUGUCAUUUCACCUCACAUUUAUACCCCGAAUGUAGCUAUUGAACUAGUAUUAAUAUUAAUUUCAUCAAGUUCACAUUUCAGCCUCACUCACCUCUUGUGACAUCCCCAGAAACGCAGUUUUAACUUUGUCAUUUAACUACAUAUUAAGUUAGCAUAUUUAGCUAACUGAAUAUGCAGUAUAGCAUAAAUCAUAGUAAUAACUUUAAUAACAAUUUGAUUAAUUAGGCAACACAAGUAUGUAUGGCAUUGACAGCCUUGUCAUUAUGCAACAAUCAAGCACAGACUAAAGGCACGAUAUAGGUUACGAUGGUCAAUGUGACGACUCAUAGCCAUUUAGGCUAGAUAAAUAAAAAGAAAUGCCACUCGGAGUGAUAUGAAAAUUCUAAGCUCAGACAGUCCGUUACCAUUAGUAGUGGUUAUUAUAUGUCAAUACCGUAUAAUGCCUGAAGUGACCAAUCAGAAUUGAGCAUUCACCAGUUGUGUGAUAAUUGCAUGCACUGUAUCAUGGAAGUUAUUAUGAAGUUGGUAAAGAUACCAAUAAAGUUGAAUGUUCUCUUA